GUAUUCUUGUAUUCACCAUUUCCUUCACAUCGUGCUUGCUCCAGUGAUCCACAGCUAUCUAAAAUGUCGGUCUCAUACUCUUCCAGGGUGUCUGGUGUCUCAUCAGUUGGGGGUGGUGGAGCCAGAAUAGGGCUUGGUGGAGCUGGAGCAGGCCUGGGGUAUGGUCUGAGCACUGGUGCUGGGGCUGGUGCUGGCUUUGGGGGUGGAGCUGUUCUUGGUUUGAGCUCUGGAAUUGGUUUGGGCUCAGGAAUUGGUCUAGGCUCUGGAAUUGGUCUGGGCUCUGGAAUUGGUCUGGGCUCCGGACUUGGUCUGGGCUCCGGACUUGGGCUGGGGUCUGGACUUGGUCUGGGCUACGGUGCAGGUGGUGCAGGGUUGGCACUGGGUGGUGGCGGAGGUGGUGGAGCACUAGUCGCAAGCCCAGCAUUUGCCAUGGGUCGCACCAUUGCAUCUGGUGGCUUGACCGCAGGUGCUGCCCUGGCUGCUGGUUCUGCUAUGGUCCCGACCUUGGCUCCUAUCCUAUCUCGUGCGGCUGAGAAAACCACGCUGUCCCUUCUGAAUGACCGAUUCUCUGCCUACAUGACCAAAGUGCGAGCACUGCAGCAGGAGAACGCUGCACUGGAGGCUAAGCUGUCCCAACUGACCGGCGGAACUGAUAUGUGCCCAGAAUCGUCAGCCACUACUACGGUGGAAUAUGAGACCCAGUUGAAUGAGUAUCGCACCACUCUGCAGAACCUCACGCUUGACACCAUCAAACUGGAGAUAGACCUUGACAAUGUGCGUGGCACCGCCCAUGAGCUUAAAGCCAAGCUUGACUUUGAACAAGGGGUCAGGUUCCAGCUUGAGUCUGACAUUGCUAGCAUGAAAAAGGAUAUUGAAGCAGCAUCUGAUCUGAGAAUUGAAUUGGAUGCCAAGAGGUCCAGCCUUAAAAACGAACUGGACUUUGUCAACAAAACACAGGAAGAAGAGCUCUUUUCUCUGCAGUCCAAACUGGGCACAACCACCAUGGACACUUCUGUCUCCAUGAUUGAAGUGGACACUGGCAAGUCCUUUGACAUCUCCUCAGCACUCAACAAGAUGCGAAUGGAGUAUGAGAAAUCUGUCCAGAAGCACAGAGAGGAAGCCGAAGCCUACUACAAACUCAAGAUGGAUGAAAUGCAGACUGCCAACGUGAAGAGCACAGAGGCUGUAUCAUCAGCCAAAGCGGAGAUUGCAGCAGCCAGGAAGGAGCUUCAGACGCUCGGGUUAGAGUUACAGGGUCUUCUCACACAAAACAUGGCCCUGGAGCAGGGCCUUGCAGAGGCUAAUGCCCAGUCCAGUGUAGGUGUGGCUGAAUACCAGGCCCAAAUCGCCAGCCUCACGUCUGCCAUCGAGGCAGCUAAAGCUGACCUUCACAAACAGAUUCUGGCCUACCAAGAGCUGCUUGACGUCAAACUUGCCCUAGAUGUGGAAAUUGCCACCUACAGAAAGCUCCUGGAGGGAGAUGACUUCAAACUGCCUGAAUUUACAGAGACAUCCUACACUUUCUCAGGGAGUGCCCCGCCCAAAACCAGCACGCCCCAGGACUCACCCCAAGUCUCCAUGGAAAUACACACUAGAUACAUCCGCAAAGCUGGUGGAGGUGGAAUUCAAGUCAAAGAGAUAAUCACAGGUUCGUAAGAGAGCACACAGAGACUUCAGUCAUCAGUGAUGCAGACACCGAAUCCUCUUGAAUGCUAAAGGACAGAUUGACUGAGAGUUUGUUUCACGGACAUACAAACUCCCUUCACUGUUAUUCCAAUAAAGCUGCAUUCCAAAUAUA